AUGGAAGGCAGUGGAUGCUUGAAUGGCUAUCAGUUACCUCCAGGCUUCCGCUUCCACCCCACAGACCAAGAGCUAAUCAUCCAUUACCUGAGGAAGAAGAUAACUUCAUCUCUCCCUCCAUCUUCUUCCAUUAUUGCAGACAUCGAUCUCUACAAGUUCAACCCUUGGGAGCUCCCCGAGAAAGCGUUUUUUGGUGAGGGCGAAUGGUUCUUCUUCAGCCCAAGAGAUCGCAAGUACCCGAAUGGUGUUCGGCCGAACCGCGCUGCUGCGUGUGGAUACUGGAAGGCGACGGGCACUGAUAAACCUAUAUUGGCCUCUAAUGGCAGCCAUUGCCUCGGCGUUAAGAAAGCUCUCGUUUUUUACAAAGGCCGGCCGCCAAAAGGCACCAAGACUGAUUGGGUCAUGCAUGAAUAUCGCCUACUUGACUCGAAUACUUCUAUGCAUCAUAAGCAUAAGGGCACCAUGCGGCUGGACGACUGGGUUCUCUGCCGAGUAAGGCAUAAGGGCAGCUUUCUUCCGGAAAACGACGAGAAACCAUCGCCAUCUCCGCCGCCUCCGCCGGCAUCAACGUCGAUCUUCACCAAAUCUCCUGUGCAGCACGACUUAAUGCAGCAAUAUGCCGGAAAAGAAAGAAACAAUUUUUAUGAGUUGAACGACUGCCAGCUUAUGGGAUAUCUCUUGGGUUCUGCUACGCAAGCCGAAAGCGGCUGUGAAAGCUCCGAUUUGGUUUAUGAUGGCGAUUUCUUCGUUGGAGAUCAGCAACAGCCUGAGCUUGUUUCCUCCAUGCUGGGUUCCAUUAAAAGGAAGCUAUCUUUUGGCGCUCUCGAUGAGCUCAUGAUGCUGCCUCCCGGCAAGAGGACGCACCACUUCAACGCUGGAGAGGAGCUGUCGCCUACAGAGUCUGAUUCAGAUGAACAGGAAUGCUUAGAGUUUUUGAUAUGA